AUGGCAGCAAAUAAUGGCCAGCAAAAUAUUCUCGCGUCCCUAAACACGGCCCAGCGACGCGCCGUCACGUCCGAAUCAGAUACCGUUGCUAUAUUGGCUGGACCAGGCAGCGGCAAAACACAUACACUCACCUCUCGUGUUGUAUGGCUCAUUCAAGAGAUGGGCCACAGGCCCUCUGACAUGAUCGUCGCUACCUUCACAGUCAAGGCUGCCAAGGAAAUGCGAGAGCGCAUGGCCAAAACCUUGGGCGAACAGGUUCAAAGAAAAAUUGUUCUUGGCACGUUCCACUCAAUUGCCCGACGGUAUCUCGCUUCAUACGGUAAACAAAUUGGUCUCGAUCCGAAAUUUGGCAUUGCCGACGAUAGCGACUCCAAAGCCAUCAUUCAGAGACUGAUUAAACGACUCGGGCUAAAGCUAGAGCCAGCCAUUGCAAGAGGAUGGAUUAGCAAGAAGAAAUCCAGAGGAAGCAUGGACCCUCCAGAAGAAAAGAAGUGGCCCGACGGAAGACCAAAGAAGGAAAAUCCCGAAUUGCAGCAAUGUUUCGACGAGUACCAGAGCCAGCUCGCAGCAGCCAACAUGCUAGACUAUGAUGACUUGCUCGUUUGCUGUGUCGAACUGCUGCGCGCAUAUCCAAUAUGCGUUUCCAACAUUCGGGCCGUUCUGGUUGACGAAUAUCAGGACACGAAUGGCAUCCAAUACGAUCUCAUGAAGCUCUUUGCUCAGCAUCGCUAUCGCAUAACCAUCGUCGGCGACCCUGAUCAGAGCAUUUACGGCUGGCGCUCGGCCGAGAUUAGAAACCUUCACCGAAUGCUGAAAGAAUUCCCUGACACCGACCAAAUUGCGCUUGAAGAAAAUUACCGCUCAUCUCAUUCCAUUCUGAGCGCCUCCCUCAAUGUCAUUCAGCAAGACUUGAAGCGUUAUGAAAAGGUCCUUUUGCCUGUCCAUAAAAAAGGCACGAAACCGGUCUUGCGACAUUUGCAAUCCCCGGCGAGUGAAGGAGAAUGGAUCGUCGGAGAGUUGCAACGUGCAACUCUCAUGUCUGGUGGUAUGCUCAGAGGCGAGGACUGUGCUGUUCUCCUUCGCUCAGCUUCAUUGUCUCGCCACGUUGAGUCUGCAUUUGGUAAGAAGGGUAUACCAUACCGAAUGGUCGGUGGCAGCAAGUUUUAUGAGCGAAAAGAAAUCAAGAUUCUGCUCGACUACCUGCGCGUCGUGCAUCAACCGAAUAAUAACGAUGCUGUAGCUCGUAUCAUCAAUGUGCCUAGGCGCGGUAUAGGUGAAGUGACCAUCAAGGCCCUUCUGCAUGCGGCCGAAUUCGAAAGACGGCCAUUGUGGCAAAUUCUAGUGAACCACUGCGACGGGACCAGUCCCUUCUCCAAGCUUACAACGGCUCAGGAAAAUAAGAUCCGUGGCGAUCUAAUCAGAAUUAUCUCAACGCUCAGAAACCAAGUGAACAAUGUCGACGCAGGCGGACCUCAGCCUUUAGUCGAGGUGAUUCAAAGGCUCAUCAGCCAACUCAACUAUAAAGAAUUCCUGGAAAGGGAAUAUGGGGAGGAUCAUGAAGGUCGGUGGGCCACCGUGCAAGAGUUUGUCAAUUUGGCGACGGAUUUUAUGAUGGAAUCCAGCGAUUUUGACGAAGACGCCUUGCCCGAAAUUGAAAAGGUUGAGCAACAGGCAGAAGACACCAUGCUUGGACGUUUCUUAGCGAAUAUUGCUCUUUCCGCAAAUGCGCAAAAGAAUCAGGAAGGCGGCGAUACCUCUGCAGUUGUGACAGUCUCCACGAUCCAUGCAGCCAAGGGCCUUGAGUGGCCGAUUGUCUUUGUUCCUUGUGUCUAUGACGGCUCUAUCCCGCAUGCUCGAUCAGAGGAUACAGAUGAGGAGCGCAGACUGCUCUAUGUGGCCAUGACUCGUGCCAAAGCGCUGCUCUAUCUAAGUUAUCCUGACACCAAUGCUUGGGGCAAGGGCAAAGCUUGCCUAUCCCCUUUCGUCUGUGAAAUUACCGACUCUGCUUUUGCCGAGCAAGGCCCUUCUUUUGACAAAAACGUCGUUGAAGAUAUUGCAAAAAUACUUGGACGAACGGCGCCUUCCGAGAAAGUUGUGUUUGAUCAGCUGCCGCCCAUGUUCUCAACCGAGGACGAUAUAUUUCCAGUUAAGCCCUGGGGCGAACGUCGGCCUAGUGACUUCACCAACAGUGGAAGCAACCACCGGGGUGAUGGCAUGGACGGUAGCAAGCGCCAGCGCAUUGUUGACUCUCAUAGCGUUCAAGAGAAUGACUGGAAACCAGCGUACAAAACAACCAUGCAAGACUCAUCCAGCUUCACCAUGUCGAAGCUUCCUGGCUUCAUGACUGCCACCGCGCGUCAAAGCCUGGUGGAUGCCGAAGCCGCGGAGACGGAGUCGGCAGAGAAGAAUGCGAAGAAGUCUGGCGCAAAGCGCAAACACGAUCAGCAUUCGUUGCUUGGUUAUGUAAAACGGAACUUCGGAGAGCCGGCAUCAACUAAGCCGCCAGCGGCGUCCCGGCCGCCGGCCGCUUCCGCUCGGUCUGGCCCUUCCGACAAGGCAGUAGCUCCGGCCAUCGACCCGCGCCUUGCGCACCAUAGAAUCGUGCAGAGACCGGUGUUUCCGCAGCCUAGCACUUCUCGCGAACUGCCAAGCAGCCACCGCAAGAGUCAUUACGGAUUUCUUUCAAGCUCGCCCACGCGGCCUGCCUCCCCGAAGGACGUGUCCGAACAGCCAGCUACUCUGCGACAACAUGCUUCUAACAGACCGAUAUCUAUCCUGCACAAGAUGGCGACGUUUCAGUCGGGAAAGAUUGGUGGCGUGCGGCGACCUGCGGGCAUGGGAGGAUCUCCGGCAAUUGAUAGAGUGCGAAGGCCAUUUCGGCCGCUGACUCUAAAUCGCCCAGCACAUGGUGGAUAA